AUGAAUACUUCAGUAGCUGUGUGUUUUGCUUUUUGCCUUGCUCCUUUAACGUUAGGACACAGAGAUCCUCAUUUUUGGAACGGUCGCAACACAAUUGUAAAUCUGUUUGAAUGGAAGUGGAGGGAUGUGGCAGAUGAGUGCGAAAGAUUUCUUCAACACAAAGGUUAUGCUGGUGUUCAAAUUUCUCCUCCAAAUGAAAAUCUGGUCAUUGAGAAUAGACCCUGGUGGGAGAGAUAUCAACCUGUAAGUUACAAGCUAAAAAAUCGAUCAGGAAAUGAAACCGAUUUCACUGAUAUGACGCGUCGAUGUAAUGCUGUUGGCAUAAGGAUAUACGCCGACGUUGUUGUGAAUCAUAUGACCGCUGGAAAUGGUAUGGGAACCGGGGGCAGUGAAGCUUAUUAUCACAACACCACUUAUCCUGCAGUACCGUAUAAUCCAAAUGAUUUUCACAGACCGUGUGGUGUUAAAAACUAUCAAGAUCCUGUCAAUGUUAGAAACUGUAGACUUAAAGGUCUUGCUGAUUUAAAUCAAGGCCUCGACCAUGUACGGGAGGAAAUUAUUGUUUUUAUGAACCACCUGAUAAGUUUAGGAGUAGCAGGUUUUCGUAUUGAUGCCGCAAAACACAUGUGGCCUACAGAUUUAGCAUACAUAUUUUCAAAAUUAAACAAUCUCAAUGUUAAUUUCGGUUUUUCAAGCAAUUCUAAACCCUUCAUUUAUCAAGAAGUUAUCGAUUAUGGAGGUGAAGCCAUAAGUAAACACGAAUACACAGAUUUGGGUUCUGUAGUUGAAUUUAAAUUUAGCUACGAGCUAUGUAAUGCAUUUCGAGGUAAUAACAAACUAAGUUAUUUGAAAAAUUGGGGACCCGCCUGGAGUUUGCUUCCAAGCGAUAAGGCAAUAGCUUUUGUUGAUAAUCACGAUAAUCAGCGUUCUGGUGGAGUGACUUUAACAUACAAAGAACCUAAAAAGUACAAGAUGGCUAUAGCUUUCAUGUUGGCUCAUCCAUAUGGAACAACUAGAAUCAUUUCAAGUUUCAGUUUUGAUGAUAAAGAUCAAGGUCCACCAGCAGAUGCAAGUGGCAAUUUAAUCUCCCCGAAAAUCAAAGAAGAUGGAAGUUGUUCAAAUGAAUACGUAUGUGAACACAGGUGGAAGCAAAUAUCUAACAUGGUUGAAUUCCGAAAUGUUGUUGCUGGAACAAAUGUUGAUAAUUGGUGGUCAGAUGACAAUCAGCAAAUUGCAUUUAGUAGAGGCAAUAAAGGUUUUGUUGUGUUUACAAACGGCGGGCAAAUUAACAAAGUAUUUCAAACUGCGUUGCCACCUGGUACUUACUGUGAUGUAAUUUCUGGAGAAGUGUUGGAUGGAAAAUGUACAGGGAAAACCGUUACAGUUGGAGAGGAUGGAAUGGGUCAAGUUUUGCUAAGUGAUGUAGAAGGAGAGGGUGCUUUAGCAAUUCAUAUAAAAGCAAGACUAAAUUUUAUGUAG